GGUUCGGCUGAGCGGGGGCUGGGGUGGAUGUGACUGAGAACUGGGUGACUGGAGCAGGAGCGCGAAGAGGGGGAUGCCACUCUGUCUGCUGGGGGGCGGCCGUCAUCUGCCUGACUCCUUUUGAGGCCUAUGGUGCGGACGCCCCCAUAAACAAUCACUCAAGUGUAUAUCUGAAGCCUGCAAGCAAUGGGCAGUCUGGGCGAAGGUGUAGAUGCUGGAGUGGUCAGUGAGGCUCUGUUGGAUGCGCUGUGUCCAGAAUGUGGUCAGAUCCACCGAUCCUGGGAGAACCACCUGUACAACUACCGUCUGGAGGUGGACGAUGACCUGGUGUGCCACAUCUGCCUGCAGCCACUGGUGCAGCCUCUGGACACGCCAUGCGGUCACACCUUCUGCGCCCGUUGUCUGCGCAGCUUCCUGCAGGAGCGAGACUUCUGCCCACUGGACCGUGCACGGCUGCAGCUGCACGGCUGCAGACGCUCCAGCAUCCUGGUGCACAAACUGCUGGACAAACUAUCUGUCACCUGCCCACUCACACCGGCCUGCACACUUAGCAUGCCUCGCUGUGACCUGGAGGCUCAUCUCAAACACAGGUGUCCUGGGACUCAAAGUCAGAGAGCUGUUCUGGAGCCCACACGGGUGGAUUGUGUCGACGACAGGGCAAUGGUGACUGACCCUUCCAAAUCAACACAGACCGAGCUGAGAGAGAGCAGCUCUUCUCCUCCAGCCGGCUCCAAUGCCUGCAGCACUAUGACUAUGUGGACAGAUGAGCCAGGAGUAGACAACCCAGCCUUUGAGGAGAGCACAGAGGAGGACAACCUGCGGCCUGUUUCUUUAGGUGUCCAUGGUUUGGAAUGCGUCCCGACUCGUGUGAAGCGUCCUCUUAGUAACCCCUGCAUCCACCUGCUCCGGACAGGAAGCUCCGCCUCCUCUGGCUGGGACUUUGUUGAGUCUCUGCCUUUAUCAGCUGAGGAGGGUUGUGUGAAGCUUCCCUCUUUGCCUGAAGGUGAAAUCACCACCAUUGAAGUCCAUCGUGCAAACCCCUAUGUGGAGUUGGGUAUCAGUAUUGUUGGGGGCAACGAAACCCCCCUCAUAAAUAUCGUAAUCCAGGAGGUGUAUCGAGAUGGCGUCAUUGCUCGGGAUGGGAGGCUGCUGGCUGGUGACCAAAUAUUACAGGUGAAUAAUGUGGACAUCAGUAACACACCUCAUAACUUUGCUCGCUCCACGCUGGCCCGGCCAUGUGCGACGCUGCAGCUGACGGUGCUGAGAGAACGCCGCUGUACAGCCCGGCCCCCCACAACCGCUCCGGCCCCAACCUCACCCGAGGGCAGCCCUGCCAGCCUACGCAUCACUCUGCACAAGCGUGAGUCCACCGAGCAGCUUGGCAUCAAGCUGGUGCGGCGCACGGACGAGGCGGGUGUAUUUGUGCUGGACCUGCUGGAUGGGGGCCUGGCCGCCAAGGACGGACGUUUACGCAGCAACGACAGAGUACUGGCAGUCAACGAGCACGACCUGAGACACGGAACACCUGAACAAGCUGCACAGAUCAUACAGGCCAGUGGAGAGAGGGUCAAUCUGCUGAUCAGCCGACCGGCCAAGCAAACCAUGGCUGUACAUACGGGCCGUGAAAGCUGGUGCCACGAACAUUUCCUGCCUCUCCCUCGCACGGCUGCGCCAAGUCCAGCACCUAGUCUACAGCUCACCCGCUCCUCCACCCACAGGGACCUCUCCCAGUGUGUGACCUGCAAAGAGAAACACAUCACUGUGAAGAAAGAGCCCCAUGAGUCGCUGGGGAUGACUGUGGCUGGGGGACGGGGCAGUAAGAGUGGGGAGCUGCCCAUUUUCGUGACCAGUGUCCAACCGCAUGGCUGCCUCUCACGGGACGGCAGAAUCAAACGAGGGGACGUGCUGCUGAGCAUUAACGGUCAAGACCUGACCUGUCUGAGCCACAGUGAAGCAGUGGGCACCCUCAAGUCCAGCGCCGCCUCCAGCUCCGUCCAGCUGAGGGCGUUGGAGGUCAGCACGGUGGACGAGCCGGGUCAAGACGAAGGGCUGCUGCCACACCACGAGAGCGACUUCGAUGCCAGCUGGUCGCCAUCUUGGGUCAUGUGGCUUGGCCUCCCCAGCUACCUACACAGUAGCCAUGAGAUCGUCCUGCGCCGAAGUCACCCCGGCAGCUGGGGGUUCAGUAUUGUCGGGGGUUAUGAAGAAAACCACAGCAACCAGGCAUUCUUCAUCAAAACCAUCGUGCUUGGAACCCCUGCCUACUACGACGGCCGGCUGAAGUGUGGUGACAUGAUUGUGGCGGUGAAUGGCCUGCCGACAGCAGGCAUGAGUCAUUCGGCCCUGGUGCCUAUGCUGAAGGAGCAGCGCAGCCGCUUGGCACUCACCGUAGUCUCCUGGCCUGGCAGCCUGGCGUAACCUCUCAUCCAAGAAUUUGAUCCGCCCUGUCUCUGUCAGACCGUCCCCUUUCUCCGUCACGGAGACGUCAUACUGUCAAUGUGAACUUGAAUGCUUCACUCAAUGCUGAAUAAACCAGGCCUUAGAAAACCCUGCCACGCCCAUGAGGCCACACCCCCCUGGAGAGCAGCCUUAAGGCCGUCCCACCACUCCGCUGGCCAGCGGUCCGCCCUGCUGGGGGUUUUAUAUAUAUACAUGUUAUCUCUACGUGUUGUGUGAGAGUGAAUGUGUGUGUGAGAGAGCAAGUGUGUGUGUGUAUAAAUGUGUAUGUGUACAGGUGUUUAAUAAAUAAUUCUUUCC